UCCAACGAAUCCGAUCCACUCGAAGUUACAUUUGGCAUCACGCUACAACAGAUAAUAGACGUGGAUGAAAAAAAUCAAAUCGUCAUAACAAAUGCUUGGUUAAACAUGGAAUGGGUGGACUACAAUAUGAGGUGGAACAUUUCCGAAUACGGUGGUGUCAAGGAUCUCAGGCUCAAUCCAAACCGACUGUGGAAACCAGACAUACUCAUGUAUAACAGUGCCGACGAAAAAUUUGAUGGUACUUAUCAAACCAAUGUGGUAGUGAGGCACAAUGGUACAUGCCUGUACGUUCCACCUGGUAUUUUCAAAAGUACAUGUAAAAUUGAUAUCACAUGGUUCCCAUUUGAUGACCAAAAUUGCCUUAUGAAGUUUGGUAGUUGGACAUACAAUGGUUUUCAGAUUGAUUUAGUGCUCAAAUCAGAUGGCGGCGAUCUAUCAGACUUCACAACGAACGGUGAAUGGUAUUUGCUAGGUAUGCCUGGAAAAAAGAAUGUGAUAAACUACGCCUGUUGCCCAGAACCGUACGUGGACAUCACGUUUACCAUAAAGAUUAGACGGAGGACGUUGUAUUAUUUCUUCAACCUGAUCGUGCCGUGCGUGCUCAUCUCGUCGAUGGCUCUCCUGGGCUUUACGCUGCCUCCGGACUGCGGUGAAAAGCUCACACUAGGUGUGGCAAUACUGCUUUCACAAGUAGUUUAUCUAUUGCGGUUGGCAGAAGUGUUGCCAGAAUCCUCUGACGCAGUGCCCUUGUUAGGUACCUACUUCAAUUGCAUAAUGUUUAUGGUGGCUUCGUCGGUAGUUCUCACAUUGGUGGUGCUCAACUAUCAUCACCGAACAGCUGACAUACAUACAAUGGGACCAUGGGUUAAGUGCUUUUUCCUGCUAUGGUUGCCAUGGAUCUUAUGUAUGCAAAGGCCAGGUAAAGACAUAUCGUUCAAGGCCAUCAGAAGUAGAUAUACAGAUCGAAGAGGCAUCGAACUCCGAGAGCGAUCGUCAAGAAGUUUAUUAGCCAACGUUCUGGAUAUCGACGAUGAUUUUCGAGCGAGUGUCCUAUCGCACCGCGUGUACAACAGCGGGGCCGCCAGUUCGUCGUCGCCGGCGUCCGAGUCGAGGAGCGUCUGCAACUACUCGGCCAGAGAAUUGCAGCUGAUAUUGCAAGAAGUGCGGUACAUCACCGACCACAUGCGAAAGCAACAGGACGACCAAGAAGUGAUCAACGACUGGAAAUACGCAGCGAUGGUAGUGGACAGGUUCUGUUUGAUAGUGUUCACUUUUUUCACAUUAGUCGCCACUGUUGCCGUAAUGUAUUCAGCGCCUCACAUAAUCGUUGAGUGACUCAGACAUUGUGUUCACUUUUUGGAUGUCGAUAUGGCAGUCAUGAUUUUGUUAAAUAUUUAUUUCAGAGAGUAUGAGUUGUUUUGAAAUAUAAUAUUAAAAGUUUUUUUUUGUAAUACUAUAAAAAAAAUCGACGAAGAGCUUAGUAAAAAAAAAUUCUAUGAUACACAACGCAUUUACAGGGUGUUAAAAAGAUCACGGGCCAAGAAUAAGUCCUUCUAAAUAAUUAAAUUACAGUGUUUUAAUUUUAAUCAUCCCAAAUACACCCUGUUUUUUAAAAUAUUAUUUAGAUUGUUUUUUGUUGCGUACUCAAAUUUUAAACGGAAUAGUGGAAAAAAUUAUUUAUUUAUCUGGUUAUUAUUAUUAUUAUACUGCAAUAAUGAUAAUAACAAUUUUAUCA